AUGCAACGAAUCCGAUCCACCAGCAGCAGCAGCAGCAGCAGCAGCAGCAGGAUCAGCAGCAGCAGCAGCAGCUCAGAUACAUUUGCUGCUGUCUCUUCUGUCUCCCCGCAGCCUUCUGUUGCAUGCAACGAAUCCGAUCCAGCAGCAGCAGCAGCAGCAGCAGGAUCAGCAGCAGCAGCAGCUGCUGCUGCUGCUGUUGCUGCUGUUCCCUGUUUUCCGCCGUUCCUGCUGCUCCUCCUCCUGCUGCAGCAGCAGCAGAAGCCGCAGCAGCAGCAGCCGCAGCAGCAGCAGCAGCAGCAGCAGCAGAAGAAGAAGAAGAAGAAGAAUAAAGAGGAGGAGGAGGAGGCAUCGGUAUAUUGA